AAGCAUGAGAGGGGAAGCUGUAAAAUAGCAAAAUUGGAGUUUGGAGUUUGGAGUUUGAAGUUCAAAGGGUGAGAUGAGGACUUUGUCAACGAUGACGUGACGAUGAUUCCUGCUAUCCUUAAAAGCCCAUCAUCGUUGGGCCACCAUCCGAUCUUCCUAACUCAUCGGAGAAAAGAAAGAUUACUCUUUUGCUUGGUUUUUCGAAUCCAUUACUCUGUUUACAGUUUCUCCUUUUAAAUCCCUCCUCAUAUCUGUCGCUCUGGGUUUCUUUCUUUAAUUUUAUCCUCCUCGGAUUUCCUUGCAAUUCUGCAACAUGAACUAAGCUUACGAGGGUUUCUCUGUGGUCCCAAAUCACUUGAUCUUUUUUCUUUUCUUUUCUUUUCUUUUUUUUUUUUUUCUGUGGAGAAUCGUUUUUCCCCCUUUUUCUUUCUUUUUCGCUCCCCCGUAAGGGAUUCUACAACUACAAGUUGGUUGUUUUUAUUUACUUUCCAUUUAUUCUUUUUCGUAUUAAUGGGGAAUGUGAACGGGAGAGAAGAUGAGGACGGUAACCCAUCUGGGGCUGACGAAGAAGAUGAAGAAGUCGGUGGCCGCCCGAGGGGUUUGCCGGAUGGCCUGGCUGCGCCGCCCGAUGCGCACCUUGGCUACCACGCCGGCGAUCCGCCCGGAGAGCUGAUGGGUCAUUCCCCUCCUCAUAGCCCCCGCGCCAUUCCGUCUCCAUUGAUGUUCACUCCCCAAGUGCCAGUCGUUCCACUGCCAAGACCUGAUGAGGUGCACAACUCAAGCCACUCAUGGAUGCAUAACAGUUCAUGGUUUGACGAUGUUGGCAGUGAACAAGGAAUCCCAACAAUGAUUACGUGGAGCCAUGGUGGCAAGGAAGUAGCUCUUGAGGGUUCCUGGGAUAAUUGGAAAAUGAAAAUACCAUUGCAGAGAUCCGGGAAGGACUUCACGAUUAUGAAGGUACUGCCUUCUGGUGUUUACCAGUAUAGGUUUAUUGCUGAUGGACAAUGGAGAUAUGCUCCUGACUUGCCUUGGGCACAAGAUGAUGCAGGCAAUGCUUACAAUAUCUUGGACUUGCAGGAUUAUGUUCCAGAAGACAUUGAAAGCAUCUCUAGCUUCGAACCUCCUCAGUCUCCCGAGUCGAGUUACAGCAAUUUGCAGCUGGAACCUGAAGAUUAUUCAAAGGAGCCACCAUUGGCUCCUCCACACUUGCAAACAACACUGCUCAACAUGCCCUGCCCAUACAAUGAGAUUUUACCUCCUUUAUCAAGACCUCAGCAUGUGGUGCUGAAUCAUCUCUACAUGCAGAAGGAAAGGGGCGGCCCCUCCGUCGUGGCACUCGGAAUGACUCACCGUUUCCUAGCGAAGUACGUAACUGUCGUGCUCUAUAAAUCCUUGCAGAGAUAACGUAGUAUAGACGUCCCAUGUAAUGAAAUUCAAAAUCUAAAGCCAUCCCUUUUUCCUCACUGUAGCUUUGUAUGGUGUUGGUGUUGAUGCCAUUUCAUUUCAACACUUCUGAAUCAACCAGGAAGUCUGUAUGAAUCUUUCUUCAAGACUGUACCUUACAUAAUCCCAUCUCUUUUUGAUCUGACAUACA